AUGGUGAAGCUGAACUACACAGCUAGAAAAAUUAGCGGUAUCAAAGCUGCCCAGGCUUUGAAGAAGGAUCUCAGCAAGAGAGUCCCCGUUUCCUCUACCUUCAGACUCAGAGACCCAGUGUUGGAGAUCGACAUCUCUGGAAAGCAACUCACGGAUGACGAGUUCAAGGUGUUCAUCCUCGAUCUACGCUAUGCACUAGAGUACAAGAGUUCUGAAUACCCUCGGGGUGUCAACAAGUUGCAAGAAUUACACCUUCAAGGGAACUCUCUUACCAGCGACUCGCUUGUGGAGCUUGCUAAAGCCAUCUUCUUGAGCUCACAAGACCUCAAGGAGCUUGACAUCUCCAGUAACAAAAUCAAUAUAGUCACAACUUCUGACGUGCAGAAAUGGCAAUACUUUCUCCAGUCGUUCAGCCAGUGCUGCGUGCUGAAGAAAAUCGAUUUCAGUAACAAUGCCCUUGGCUCUCAAGGCAUUGAAGUCCUGGCUCGUGUCUAUAUUCGCAGCGAAUUGGACUUUGUGGAUACGGAACUUGCCACGGACGCGGAGAUGGAUACAGACGCAGUCAGCGACGCAAUUACUCAACAUGGUUCUCCAUCGGUGAGCUUGGAAAAUGGGCAUCGUAUGUCGGAUGCUGGGCUGCUUGUUCCAAGUUAUUCUGCGACUACCGGCGUCCAUUCUCCCAGUCAAGGAAUCAGGUCUUCCCAGAGAAGAGGGUCUCAAUUAACGACUCCAUCCAGCAAAGGCUACACCGACGCAGAACUCAGACAUUUUGCAUGCACACGCGGUUUACGCUCGGUUCCGUAUCUAAUCCUCCAGAAUGUUGCCAUGACCAACGGGGGAAUUAUCCACCUUGCUGAGAUGUUCAAGCUACAUCGAACUCCCGAACACCUCCUUUCGUUUCUACCAUGCGGAAAGCCCCCGUCUCUGCCUGACUCAGAGAAUGCUUUGAGGGGUAUUCAUUGGCUUCCAAACGAACAUCUGAGUCCACUAUCCGUCAAGCUUAUGAAACUCAUGAGCCAGCUGAAGCAGUCGUCCGCCGAAAGCGAUUCUGAAGAUGAGUUGCUCGAAGAGCUGCAUGACCUGGCCUUGGACGAGGAUACCUAUGGUCUAGAACGUCGACAGAAACGCCAGAAGCUGAAUUUGGAGCUCAACCGUGUUGUCAAACUGCAAAGAAUCGACGUCUUGGGUUCCGAGGGACUGCUCAAGUCUGAGAUUUGGCAUAGUGCCUUCAGGAUGCUGCUCGUUGCUCGGGCUAUCUUAUUGGACGACGAGAACCGGCCACCUUCUGUCGAGAAGGAGUUGCGGCUGUUAUCAUCAUCAAGAAAAUCGCGAUCAUCGGAGUCCAGAGAAAAGUCAACACCAGCCAGAUCCCCACUACCUCUGCCGCAGCAUGUUCAAACCAGCACGAAUCAAUGGAGCACGCCGCCUGGAGUCCUGAUUUCCAGCUUCCGUUUUGAUCCCGAGUCUUUGACAUUUGACUUGAUGUUUCCCGCAAUGCAUGCGCCCCCUGAACAUCCCGUCUUGCAGGCCCAUCCACCGCCGGUGGCAGCAGCCAUGUCCGCGUAUUCAUCUCCAACCACACAAAGCCCACAGCAGCAGCAGAUAACCAUAGCAACCGGCGGACAUUCUCCCCACGGCCGUGCGACGGGGGCGGCUGGAGAUACUAGUACUUCUCCUAAUCCCACUAGUGCCCCUCCUCCAAACAGACAUCGCUUUGGCCUGCCACUGCAUAUCUGGGCAAAGAUUAUUUCCGAAGCACUGUCUGUCAAGCGACUCCUGCAUCCAGAUCAGCAGAUGAGAAUCUUAACCUAUGCUGCAAGCUGGAAUGCUCUGGCGGCCGAAGUCUCCAUCAAUGGGGCGCCUGAGCAUCAGCAGUUGUGGAAAAUCCUGGACAGGUUGGGUCUUGGACUCGCGAAACUCUAUCUCGAACAGCCCAACACUCGGGUCAUCCUCACCACACGCAGCACUACCCCAUCCGACAUUCUCGAUGCGCUAUGCAAAUCCGUCCCCGGUACUCUUGAGGGAAUCUACAAGCUCGACAGCGCAUCCACCGAAGACGCAAUUGCUCUACGUGAAUCGCUCAUGGCCAACGAAAACAUCAACAAGAUUGAUGUCCUGAUCGCCAACGCCGGUGUGGGCGAGCCCUUCGACAGCGUGCUUGAGGCGCCCAUCGAUGCAUUGGAGAUGUUCUACCAGGUUAAUACCCUGGGUCCUAUCCGGCUUUACCAGCAACUGUGGAAGGAUCUGCUGGAGAAAUCGGAUAAUCCGAAGUUCGUCCUGGUAAGCUCCAUCCUCGGAAGUCUGACCUAUAUCGAUCCGACGCCCUGUGGUGGCUAUGGAGCAGCGAAAGCAGCGGCAAAUUAUCUGGUGAAGAAGAUGCAUUUGGAGAGUGAGAAGUUGGUGGCUUUGUCAUUGCAUCCGGGAUGGGUCAAGACUGCAAAUGGUCAGGCAUAUGCCGACGCUGUCAACGUUCCAGAGCCGCCAAUGACAACAGAGGAAUCAGUCAACGCAAUCUUCAAGACGGUUUCGGAGGCUACAAAGGACAGCACGUCUGGAAAAUUCAUUGACGCUAUGAGUGGAAAGGAGCUGCCUUGGUAG